GUAACUGAGUGAGCUGUCCACACCACACCAACUGUAGCUAGAUACAGUGGCAAGAUCAGAAAGUGAGAGAGAGAGAGAGAGAGAUGCACGCAUCUAGUGCGCUCCACGGCACCUUGGGGAGGACUCUGCGCCUAUACUACCGAUUUAGUGAUGUGAGAGAGGUUUAGUCUACACACUCUGAACAUGCAUAUUCUCCACAACACAACGUGACUGAAGAGAACAACCACGACUGUGCAGCAGCUCCGACGCAACCCCCAUUCUCACAAACAGCACUAUGAGGACUGUAUUAUUCGCCUCUGAAAAAAAAUCAUCAGAAGCAGACCUUCAAGGUUGGGGAGACUUCAGGCUCUAACUAACUAAAAGAAGGCGAAGGAAAGGGACUGGCCAGGUUGCCACUGUGUCUGCAGGGUGUCCCUUGCAGACUUUGUAACCUCAGGUCCUGAGGAUGACAUAUUCAAAAAACAUUGAUGGUGGCUGGGGUUGGAUGAUUGUUGCUGCAUCUUUUAUGGUUCAUUUCCUGGCAUAUGGAUCACCGCUUUCUGUCGGAGUGCUGUAUACUGAGUGGCUUGAUGCUUUUGGAGAAGGCAAAGGAUUGACUGCAUGGAUUGGAUCACUUGCUAAUGGAGUUGGAUUAAUUGCAAGUCCCAUUUGCAGUGUCUGUGUAUCAACAUUUGGUGCAAGACCCGUAACAGUUUUCAGUGGUGUCUUGGUAUGUGGUGGAAUGCUUCUCAGUGCCUUUGCAUCCUCUGUCCAGUUUCUGAUUCUUUCUUAUGGCAUUAUUGUAGGACUUGGAGCUGGCUUGGCAUACUCCGCAACAGUGACCAUCACCUGCCAAUAUUUUGACAAGAGACGAGGACUUGCACUUGGACUUGUGACAACAGGUUCAAGUGUUGGCCUUUUUAUUUAUGCUUCCCUACAGAAGAAACUAAUUGAAAUAUAUGGCCUUGAGGGUUGUUUGCUGAUAAUGAGUGCAAUAUCCUUGCAUAUAGUUGCAUGUGGUACAGUAAUGAGGACUGUAGAGACACCAAGCCAUACAGGAAAAGAGAUGGCAACAACUGAUCAGUACAUACCAUGCUCAAAGAAAGGAACUGUUAACUGUGAAAAUGAAGAGUUACCAGAAAACGGUUAUGGACAAGAUAAAGUCUUCGUAGAACAUACUAACCACUUCAAAGAUAAACAUAAUGCAGUUGUAAAUAAGUUAGAUUUUCAGCAUUCAGAGGAAUUUGAUGCCUUUACAACAAGGACUACAAAAUACACAUACUUUGUAAAACAAACUGCCAAAAAUAAUUGGGCAGCUUGUUUGAAUUUCAUAGAAAUCUCAUUGGACCUCUUUAAGAACAAAGUAUUUACAGCACUUUUUCUUGCCAUCUUGCUAUUUGAUGUUGGGUCAUUUCCUUCACAAAUUGUAAUGGAAGAUUUAGCAAGAAGCUGCAACAUCGAUGAAGAUUCUCAUUCCAUACCACUUGUUGCCAUUGUAGGAAUUACCAGCUCCAUGGGCAAGUUUGUCUUAGGUGUACUGGCAGACGUUAAAUGGAUGAAUAGUCUGUAUUUGUACACAGUUACACUUAUAAUGAUGGGAGCAACUUUGACUGCAGUCCCCUUUGCCACAAGUUAUGUUGCCCUUGCUGUACUGUGUGGAAUAAUAGGAUUUCUGUUAGGCAACUGGUCUAUAUUUCCUUAUGUUACCACUAAGACAGUGGGUGUUGAGAAACUGACACAUGCUUAUGGAAUACUUAUGUUUUUUGCUGGAGUAGGAAAUGCUUUGGGACCACCAGUUAUAGGUUGGUUUUUUGAUUGGACUCAGACAUAUCAUGCAGCAUUUUACUUCGGUGGAGCUUGUGUCCUCCUGGGUGGAUUUAUUUUGCUGUUGUCCAGUCCACCGUUUUGGAGUAAAAUACUAAAGACCAUUCCAAAGUCUGAACUUGCAUUUACUUCCUACGCCGUUAAGAUAUCAUCUGAAACAUGAGCCAUGACCUUUGAUUAUUUUUGUACUUCUCAACAUUUCUCUUGUAAUUGUGUUACUUUUGAUAAUGAAGUACUAUAGUUUAAAGAGGGCAGGAAAUAUGUACAGGAGGGUGUAGCACUUGAGCUUCAUAAAGUACAAGAGUGAAAACCA